UUGAAUUAUCGUUCACGUUUCAAUACUUGUUUUAAUGAUAGUAAUGAUUAUGUAUUUGUGUAAAUCGAGUAAUAUAAAUUUGAACAUUGCAAUUUGUUUGCGUCUCUUUUUGUGUAAUGUAAGUAUGCUGUUACGAGCAUGCUGGUUUUUUUCCACUGGUGCUUUCAAUUCAUCAUUUUAUGUGUAUGUGAGUGUGUCUGAGUGUUUAAAUUCGCUUUCAUCAUCACAAGCUCUCCAAGUAUUUUUCUUUUUUUAUUCAACUCGAUUAAUCGACUCAAUCUUUAAUUGCACAUCAACAACGACAACAUCAUAUUCUUCAACACAUUGAUCGAAAAAUAGAAAACCAAUCGAAUUAGAAUUUUAUUCAAUGAUUUCUAUUUUAACCAAUAAAUUUUUUUAUAUGACCGGAAUAAAGGAAUACAACCUUCGAAUUCAAUUCAGUGAACCAUUGUUUCAAUCGAAUUGUUUAUUUUAUAAGAUUGUGUAUUAUAAAUAAUAAUCGCCAAGAAUCAAAAUUAAAUUAUUAAUUUGAAGAAAAAAAGAUGCCUCUAUUGGGAAAAGAAGAAUUCUGUCUCAAAUCAUUACCAGAUAAUCUUUCACCGGAUGAACAAGUAUUUUAUUGUCAGAUAACCGGCGAAGCAUUUUUAUCAUAUGAUGAAUACUUCGAACGACAAUUUCUGUAUUCAUCAUUAUUAUGGACUUGUUCGUUAACAGGUAGAACUGGAUUAACAUAUUCAGAAGCAUUAAAAUCCGAACAAGAAUCACAAGCCCUAGUUUCAUCGAUACCGAUAGUGUUGCAAAAAGUGAUGCUACAUUUGAUGACUUAUAUGAAUAAUUUUAGCACCAAUGUCACUUUAUCCAUUCUUAUUGAGUAUACGAAUCUUCGGUAUUUCAUUGGUGAACAUGUGCAAAUUUCACCCAAAAACAAAAAUAAAAGAAUCAAUGGUAUUAUUCGUGAUGUGAUACCACCAGAAAAUUAUGAAAAUACAUCAAGCAUAGCAUAUGGAAUUGAUCCGUUAGCUUACAAUUAUCGGGUAGAAUGUAUUGAUCAACAUGAUGAAAAUGAAUGUAUUGUCAUUCCUGCGGCUCGAAUUUCGCGAUCUAAAUUUUUGUUAACACGCGAAAAAAUACGUCUUUUUCUCAAGCAGCAUCUAGCACCUAAAAAUGGCCGUUAUCAAGCCCUAAGUAUCAAGGCGGAAAGUUUACAAAAAUUUGGUGUUGACCAAUCAAGUUGGGAGGAUAUGUUCAAAGGGCCAACACCAAAUUUCUCCGACGAUACUUUGAUUGUAAAAGCAUUAAGCAGGCAACGUUAUUCGGAGGAAUUUAAUUCCCAUAAUCAUGAUUCGUUAAAUGUGAAUGAUGAAAACCGUGAAAAUGAAAAUCUAAUACAAGUAUUGAAAAAGAAAAGCAAUCUUUUAUCAUCACAAAAACAGAAAUUGAAACGGAGAGAAGCAAAACAAAGUAAUUCUAGCAACAUUAAAGAAUCGAAUGAUGGCGGCAAACGAAAAUAUCGUAAAAAUUUGAAAAAAGAUAACAAAUUGAAGCGACAGAAUUUGAAAAACAAAUCCGGUAAAAGUAGUCGAAAAAAACGAACCACUCCGGAUGCUGCUGAUUCAAAUGAAACUCAGGAUUCUAAAUCUUCGAAACAAAAAGACAAUGAAAAAGACCUGAAAAAUCGUGAACGAGAAUGUCGUAAACAAUAUGAAGAGGAUCUAAAAAAUUGGGCUGAAAAACGUGAUGAUUUUCUUUGCGAUGAUCUUCUACCAUUACCAUCGGUUACGCCGAUUGAAUGUGAUAUCUCACCCGAACUAAUUGGUGACGCAUUAGUCAUUAUCGAUUUCCUUAAUGUUUUUCAUGAAUUUCUUGCAUUCGAGCCUAACACAUUUCCAUCGCAUUUGACAUUCGAUUAUUUCAUCAAGAUUUUACAAGACAACAAUGUCAAUACUCGAACUGGUAUUGCUGAUUUAAUAAUGGCCAUCUUACGUACAAUUUUUCAAUCGAAUAGGAAAGAUUCACAUGAUGGAAACGAUGAUCUAAAAAUUCAAGAGAAUAACAAUGAAGAUUUCGACAUAUUCAAUGCUGAUAAUGAUGAAGAAUCAACGGCAUCACAGGUGAAUUGCUUCGCCAAUCAUUUUGUUACUACAUAUUUCUCUACUUUGGAACAAUUGGCUCGAUUACAAAUGGAUUCAUUUACAGUCACAGAAAUAUUACGGAUUUACAUAUUGAAAACCAGAAACUUUGAUGGAAAACGUACAACAAAGAUUUGUCCUGAUGAUAUGGCAUUAGUUAUGCAUUUGGCCACACAGACCAUCUUUGAAUUGAACCAUAGUGAUCGUAUUAAAAUAUUGAAAAUUCUGUUAAACGAUGUUGUUGUACAAGUGGCCGAUAUUAGACAAAAAAUUGAGUCCUCCAUGGAUGACAUGGUCAAAUUGAAAAUACAAAUGCGCCAUUUGAAUGCUUCAUAUACUCGGUGGCUACGAGAAAAUCCUAUCCGACAACGAAUGAGAAAAAAAAAGUCAUCCAGUAAUAGUAAUAAUGAUGAUCAACAACAACAACAAACCGAGCUUGAAACCGAAUUAACCAAAGAGGAAAAAGAACAGUACAAAAAAGAUAAAGCCGAAAAAGAGAAAAAGAUGAAGGAUGAUAUUGCUGAAUUGAAAGCGAAAAUUCGCCGCCUAUCUGCAUUUUGUCGAUCGCGUCCUUUGGGUAUCGAUCGUCGAUAUCGAAAAUAUUGGAUUUUUGAUUCGAUUCCCGGAUUAUUUGUUGAACAUUCUGUUCAUGAUGAACAUGAUCCGAAUACAUGCUUUGAUAAUCCUGUACCGGUAGCUAAACCUAUACUUAAUGAUUAUCUUGCCAAUGCAAAACGCCGUAAGAAAAAAACGACCGCAAUACCAAUAGUAGAGGCAGAAAUGGAAAAUGUCGUCGAACAGAAUAUCGAUCGGUGUAGUGGGAAUCCAACUACUUGUAAGGUUCAUGGUUCUAUGUUCAUGACAACCGCUCCGCUUUGGUCAUUCUAUACAAAAGAACAAUUUGAUACUCUAAUGGAUUCAUUGAAUAGUCGAGGCUUUCGGGAAUCCGAAUUGAAAAAUGCAUUGGCCAUCGAAAAACAAUCCAUACUGAACGAUCAUCUUGCCGAAUUUGAUCCGUUCAUAUUCAAUCGAAAUUACAUCCCAUCACCUGUAAUCGAAAUAGUCGAACACGAAAUGAAUGAUGAUGUGAAUCCUGUUCGUAAAUCCGAACGGUUACAAAUAUCUGAUCGAGCAACUGUGACUAAUAAACGACGGUCAACACGUAGCGAAUUUCGCCUUGAGUAUUCCGAUCAAACACCGGUGGAAGUUUUUGAUGUUAAUUUUCAAAACCAACUAGCCAUUUUCGAAGAUAAUAUCUUUAAUGGCUGUUUCUGCUCAUUCUCAAUCACCGAUCGUGAUGAAUGGUAUCAUGGAUUGAACAGAACCUAUUGUCAGGAUAAGAUUAAUUCUUUACAAAUGUUGACUGAAAAAUUAGCCAGUUUAGCGCGAUCAAUAAGGCCAUUUUGUUUGAUGCCACCAUUAUCCGUUUAUCCAGAAUCCACAAUGUCAUCGCCUUCUGAAAAGGAAAAUAUCGAUAAUAAUCAAACAAUGAAAUUUCGUGUACCAAUGUUAUCGGAAAAAUGGUUGGAUGUUUUAAAAGUUCCAGACAGUUCGGAACUGACCGAAUUCGAAUCUAGCUAUGGUAUCACCAAUCAUUCACAAUUGUUUCUCAAUCUGUAUAUAUUUGAACGUUCAUUAAAUUGGGAAAUGUCAGCACUGAAAACAGCAAACAAAUGUGGCAUUUGCCGACGUAAAGCGAAUGAUGAAAUGAUUUUAUGUGACUUUUGUAACCGCGGAUAUCAUAUCUAUUGUUUAACGCCUCCGAUUUCAUCGGUAAAUGAAAUCGAAGGCGAUUGGUAUUGCCCGAAAUGUCUGCCGCGUUCACCAUCUGAUCAUGAAUCGUCAAAUAAUAAAAAAGCUGCUCAAACAAUCAAAAUUGAAGUUGAAGCAAUCGAUCAACAACAAACAGAACAGCUGUCACCACCGAUUUCCAAUAGCAAAAUCAAUCAACAACCGGUAAAUGAGAGCCUAUUGGAACGAUGUAAAUCAUGUCGAAAACAUAUUUUUGAUUCAUUUUCUGAGGUAUCAUGUAAAACCUGUGGCGAAUGUUUUCAUCUUCGAUGUGUAAAUUUAGUGCGCGUUCCUCGUUCAUGGAAUUGUGCUGUUUGUAAUGAAAAAGAACAUUGUGACGAACAAUAUAAUAAUCCGCAUAAUGAUAAUGAUAAUAGCGAAUUACGUCGAUCCCAACGGAAACGCAAACCUAAUCAUUACCAUGAAUUCGAACCGAAUGACGAUCAAUAUCAUCAUCAAUCGACAACAAAUAAUCAUCUUAAAUCAAGACGUUGUUCAGAUGGUCAAAAUUCGGAAUAUCAUAGGAUCAUUGUCAAAUAGUUUACAAUUAAGAAAAUAAAAUCGGCCCUCGAUACUUUAAAUAUUUUUUUAAUUAUUAAUUGAAUUAUUCUCGAUUAUU